UAGUAUGGCAUUCACAAUGGAAGAUGCAAAAGAAGAAGAGAGUCAGUUGUUGGCCAUGCAAAUGGUGAGUGCUUCUGUUCUGCCCAUGGUAUUGAAAGCAGCUGUGGAGCUCCAAGUGUUCGACAUAAUAGCCGAAGCCGGUCCUGAUGCACGCCUCUCCCCUUUAGACAUCGCAUUUCGGCUCCCCACUCGGAACCCGAAUGCACCCCAUCUGCUCGAUCGAAUGCUUCGUCUUCUGGUUUCUCACUCUCUUCUCACUUGCACUGUCCUCAACCAUGACCACAGGGUCUAUGGCUUGGCACCUGCUUCCAAACUGUUUGUUAAGAACAAGGAUGGAGGGUCCUUGGCUCCCUUGCUGCUUAUUAUCCAGAAUCACGCUUUAAUCAAGAGCUGGUACCACUUGAAGGAUUCAAUUCUAGAAGGGGGCGAGCUUCCAUUCUGUAAGGCACAUGGUGAGAACGCUGUGGACUACAUUGGGAAGGACCCUAAACUGACUGAGGUUUUCAGAAGCUCAAUGCUUGAAAAUAAUGUCCUCUUUAUGAAGAAGGUACUUGACACAUACAAAGGGUUUGAAGGCCUGCGAGUUCUGGUUGAUGUAGGCGGAGGAACUGGACAAAUCCUCAGCAUGAUUGUCUCCAAGUAUCCAUCCAUAAAGGGCAUCAACUUUGAUCUGCAUCACGUGAUAGAAAGAUCACCCCCUUGUUCAGGAGUGGAACACGUCGGAGGAGAUAUGUUUACUAGUAUUCCUAAAGGAGAUGCAAUUUUCAUGAAGGCUGUAGUUCAUAAUUGUAGUGAUGAACAAAGCGUGAAGUUACUGAAAAAUUGCUACGAAGCAUUACCAGAUCAUGGAAAGGUGAUUGUUGCAGAGGUGGUUGCUCCAACCACCCCAGAGACAGAUGUUGCUACUAAAAACAUCCUGCAAAUGGACAUGUUCAUGGCAAAUCUGAACGGUUAUGGAAAGGAUAGGACAAAAGAAGAAUUUGCUGCUUUGGCAAGAGAAGCUGGAUUUGCCGGUGUUAGUGUGGCUUGUUGUGCUUACACCUACUCGAUCGUAGAAAUCUAUAAAUAGAUGUAAUUGUUCCUUUCUUUUUAUUGUUGCUGGAAUAAAAUUCACUUUGUGGCAGAUUUAGAGAUCCA